UGUGAUUGGUCGGUCGGCCGGCAGCGGCGAAAGGGGGAGUGAGAGGUCAAGAUGGCGCCCUUGCGGACAGUGAAGGGUUUGGUGGGAUUGGUGACAGGAGGGGCUUCUGGACUCGGCCGAGCAACCGUUGAGAGGCUGGUGCAGCAAGGAGUGAGAGCCGUGAUUGUGGACCUACCGACAUCGGAAGGAGCCAGUGUAGCCCAGGCACUGGGCGAGAAUUGUGCUUUUGCACCAACCGAUGUCACAUCGGAGGCAGACGUCAAAAGUGCCGUGGCCCUGGCGAAGGAGAAAUUUGGUCGCCUGGACAUCGCAGUGAACUGUGCAGGCAUUGCAGUGGCAGUGAAAACCUACAACUUCAAGAAGGACAUUCCUCACAGUCUCGAGGACUUCCAGCGAGUGAUCAAUGUAAACAUCGCAGGAACCUUUAAUGUGAUUCGCCUAGCUGCUGCCGAGAUGGGCCGGAAUGAACCAGAUCCAGACGGUCAGCGGGGUGUCGUUGUGAACACAGCUAGUGUGGCCGCCUACGAUGGACAGGUCGGACAGGCAGCUUAUUCAGCCUCUAAAGGUGGUAUUGUGGGCAUGACCCUUCCCAUCGCCCGGGACUUGGCACCACAAGGGAUCCGAGUGGUCACCAUCGCACCAGGUACGCACCGUGGCGCCCACCUGGUACAGACCAUCGUGGAGAACCCCAUGCUCAACGGAGAGGUCAUCCGACUGGACGGUGCCAUCCGAAUGCAGCCCUAGGUGGGGAGAGAGUGGGGGGAGGGGGGCAGAGUGUGAGGGGGAGGGAUGCGACGUUGUUCCCUCAGACAAACGCUGACUAUCCGCAAGCUGAUGCUGCCAGGGACUGCCCACCAUCCAUGCCUUCCAACUCUUCCCCCCUCCCCCACCGCUAGCAGCCAGGACCCUGUCCCUUGUCGGGUCAUACGGAUUAUCCACAGUGUUCCUUCUGUGCCAGCCCACUGCCUCAGGACCUGGGGGGGUGGGGCGUCCCAAGGGGUUGGGCCCUCUGACUGGAGCGGACCAUGGCUGCUCGAUAUCCAUGGGGUCUCUGAGCGACUGACCCCAUCCCUGAGAUUAACCUGACCGCCCUCCCUGAGAUCCCGCAGCCUUCCUUGCCGCUGGUCCGGGACGGGAUCUCGACGCGGGAGCCCGCGCCCAUCUGCUGACCGACCGCAGAGAGUGGGGUGGGUUAAAUGUGAUGUAUCCCCCCCCCCACAGCGGGGUACUGUGUACUGCUUUACCCCCGAGCUGCGUGUCUCGGUCAGUGGGCGUGCACGGGUUGGUGGAGGAGGGUGAACGGUCAGUCGUGUCGAAAUGGCCGAUCCCAGUUUCGGUUACAGAAAUCGCUGGAGGAACUCGGCAGGUCUUUGGAGAAAGAGAGGUAGAGAAAGCGGAGUUAACAUUUCAACUCCUCUCUCUUUCCCUUUCCCUCUGCCUCAGCUCCGAGUGAGUUCCUCCAGCGAUAUCCGUCUGGUAUUGCUGCUCUCUGUUUGAUUCCGGUGUGUAAAUACAUUGCGAUCAGUGUGUGAGGCUGGGCUUGGGGCAUGGGAAGCUGCUGCCUUGCUGAGAUCCCAGCAUUGAAUUCCCUCUCGGCGGGGCCCUGAGCCUGACCAGACUCUCGAAGGUUGAUCAUCGUGUGCUUCUCUGAUUAAACAGUGAUGGGAUUGUU